AUGUUACCUUGUUACUCUGUUACCUUGUUACCUUGUUACCUUGUUACCUUGUUACUCUGUUACCUUGUUACCUUGUUACUCUGUUACCUUGUUACUCUGUUAACUUGUUACCUUGUUACUCUGUUACCUUGUUACCUUGUUACUCUGUUACCUUGUUACCUUGUUACUCUGUUACCUUGUUACCUUAUUACUCUGUUACCUUGUUACCUUGUUACUCUGUUACCUUGUUACCUUGUUGCUCUGUUACCUUGUUACCUUGUUACUCUGUUACCUUGUUACCUUGUUACCUUGUCACCUUGUUACUCUGUUACCUUGUUACUCUGUUUACCUUGUUACUCUGUUACCUUGUUACCUUGUUACCUUGUUACUCUGUUACCUUGUUACCUUAUUACUCUGUUACCUUGUUAUCGUGUCACUCUGUUACCUUGUUACCUUGUUACCUUGUUACUCUGUUACCUUGUUACCUUGUUACCUUGUUACCUUGUUACCCUGUUACCUUGUUACCUUGUUACCUUGUCACCUUGUUACUCUGUUACCUUGUUACUCUGUUAUCUUGUUACCUUGUUACUCCGUUACCUUGUUACCCUGUUGCUCUGUUACCUUGUAACCUUGUUACCCUGUUACCUUGUUACCUUGUUACCUUGUCACCUUGUUACUCUGUUACCUUGUUACUCUGUUACCUUGUUACCUUGUUACUCCGUUACCUUGUUACCUUGUUACUCUGUUACCUUGUUACCUUGUUACUCUGUUACCUUGUUGUUACCUUGUUACCUUUUUACCUUGUUACCUUUUUACCUUGUUACUCUGUUACCUUGUUACCUUGUUACCUUGUUACCUUGUUACUCUGUUGCCUUGUAACCUUGUUACUCUGUUACUUUGUUACCUUGUUACUCUGUUACCUUGUUAGCUUGUCACUCUGUUACCUUGUUACCUUGUUACCUUGUUACUCUGUUACCUUGUUACCUUUUUACCUUGUUACUCUGUUACCUUGUUACCUUGUUACUCUGUUACCUUAUUACUUUGUUUCCUUGUUACCAUGUUACCUUGUUACCUUGUUACCUUGUUACCUUGUUACCUUGUUACCUUGUUACCUUGUUACAUUGUUACUUUGUUAUCUUGUUAUCCUGUUACCUUAUUAGCCUGUUACCUUGUUACCUUAUUUCCCUGUUACCUUGUUACUAUGUUACCGUGUUACCUUAUUUCUCUGUUGCCUAACCUGAGAUCAGGCGUUUUUUUUCAUUAUUUUUUCUUUGUUUGCUUCUUUGCUUCUUUGCCUCGAGGGGAAAAAAAUAACGCCUGAUACAUUUAUUUAACAAGCCGUCAACCGCCUCCUAAUUUACAUAGUCUAACGUCUGCUUGACCUGUCAUGUUAUUAGCCAAUCAGCGUUUACAAGACGGGAAUCAAAUUUUGGCGCGAAUAAUAUAAUGUCUCUUUUGAAAUCAGUUUUAGGGAAAAGAGUUCAGAUGGCGCUUCCUAAAAAAAAUUUUUAAAUGUGUUGUUUUUCUGAUGAAAUACUGCUUGCUGAAGUUGCCGUACCUUCAACAGCUACAAAUAAUAAAGAAUUUACUGGCAAAAGCUCGUUGACUUCGUUCUGUGCUGAAAGCAGUGAAAAAAAAUUAGGCUGAAGCACUAUAUUUCACGAACUGAAAAGUGUUGUGAAAGCGACGAUCGCUCAGAAUAAAUCGCAGGCUUCUGAAGGAGGAAUUACAGUCAAACCUGGUCAAGAUUCCAUUCAUGAAUUGAUUAUUUAAAAAGUGAACCCGUUUGUCGCCUCUGUAUCUUGUAGCCGGUAUCAAAUUGCAUUCAAAUGAUCGGUGAAUUUUUGACUGCAACUUUUUAGUAUACGAUGAGAUGGAAAAUAUUUCAAUGGAUGAAAUUUCUAUUUAGGCAUUCUUCAAAUUCAAAAAAACUGAGCCGGCAGAAAUUUCAAAACGAACCCGCGUGUGUAUUCACUGCUCAUUUCGCAAGCAAAAAUGCAGACUGAAAUCCACAACAACUAACGGAUGUCGGCAUUUUGGCCAAUCGGAACAGCGCAAAUCAUCCAUAUUGUUUCCUAUCCAAUCAGAAAAAAGUCCAGAUUCUGGCUUUUUUACAUGUGAUCCGACAAAGAAAUGUAUCAUGCCCUCUUCCCGUGAGAGACAUAAAGGGAUAAUAGGGAGAGGGCAUGAUCUCAGGCUAUCUGUUGCCUUGUUACCUUGCUACUCUGUUAUCUUGUUGCCGUGUUACUCUGUUACCUUGUUACCGUGUUACUCUGUUACCUUGUUCCCUUGUUACUUUGUUAAUCUGUUAGUCUGUUACCUUGUUACUCUGUUUUCUUGUUACUUUGUUUUACCUCGUUAG